AUGGAUCAACUUCGACAGAAAGUUAAUGAGAAACGUUCGCGCCAUUCUGAUACAAGCAAGGAAGAUGACUACACUAUAUAUGGCUAUGGCGUCACCGUGUCCGAAUCCGGUUCACAUAGCAAAAACAACAUCGAAGAUGAGGACAUCUACGUGUAUGGUGACGAAUGGAGCAGCGAAGACGACGAUGGUCGGUUUGCCCACUAUUGCGCCCACUCGCCAUUUUAUUUCUGA